AUCCCCCUUUCCAAGUUCCCCACCCAAGCCAUCUCUCCCUCAACCCACCCACCCCUUUCAAAACAACCCUCAAAAAUCCAAAAAAAUGCCACCCACCCACACCCCCCAAGAAAUCGCCCAAGCCCACAAAAUCCUGUACGACGAAGGCCUCCGCAUGCGCUACUCAGUCGUAGGAAAAGAAUACGUGGACGCCGCCCUGAAAAACGGCGACAACCCCUUCUCACGAGCCAUGCAAGAGUACGUAUCCGAAUCCUGCUGGGGCAGCAUCUGGACGCGUCCGGGGCUGGAAAAGAAAACACGAUCUUUCCUCAACAUCGCGAUGCUGUGUAACCAGAACCGAGGGUCGGAGUUAGCGACGCAUGUUAAAGGGGCGUUGACGAAUGGUGCGACGGAAGAGGAGAUUCGUGAGGUGAUUUUACAGGCGGCGUGUUAUUCUGGGAUGCCGGCGGGGAUUGAAGGGUUUAGGGUGGCUUGGAUAGCGAUACAGGAGUGGAAUGAGAGGAAUGGGAAGAAUGUUGUUAGGGAUGGGGGGAGUGGACAUAAUGUCGAUCCGCAUGAGGAGGUGGAUAUUGCUGCUAGGGCGAAGGGGGAUGAUGUUUGACGGUAGAUGAGAUGGUGGUGGUAUGUUGAUACGAACCCGUCGGAUGGGAAUGGGUAUGAGCUAUGGCUAUGCAAUUCCGCUCAUACUGUAGAAUGUCAAAGCGACCUGAUGCCAAACUCUUGAUCAUCCUGCCAAGACUCCAGCACGCCUGUAGCACCAGCCUUCAGAGAGAGUGCUACUUACACCCUCGUCAUUUAGGGAGCCGUCUCGUAGUCCGUCGCGUUGUUGUUGAUCAGCCGCUACUUCGCAGUCAACAUUCGUUCCUUCGUCAGCCAAGUUAGUCAUUUCAAGCGCCCUCACGUGCCUUCCUGUAUUCGGUCUCCUGGGCCAUUUGGAGCUCGGAUAGUUCGUUGACAGUAGCGUCCAUAAUGUCAGCGGCGCGUUGGUGGUAUUCAGCCUGGGCCUUGGCGAGCUCAAGCAGAUUUCGAAGUGGCUCGGGGGUGUCGAGGACAUUUCGCAUGAUCGAGGUAGCCUCGUCAACCUUCUCCACGAAUUGGUCCUCAGCACUCUCGAUAGCACGUCGCUGCUGCUCGGUGAAGCUCUCCUCAUGCCUGCCGCCAGCGCUUGCCUUGCUCUUGACUGCGUCCAGAUUCAAGCGCGCAUUCUGCACAGCGGUGCGAGCCUUAUCGGCAGCCUUGAUGGACUGUUGUAGAGUGGUGCUCCAGCCAGCAAGGAACUUGCCCUGGAUCUUCUCAUCUUGGUCGAGACGAGCCUCGCCCACCUUCUCCUCGGCCAGCGCAAGCUUCUCGAGGCCUUGCGCAAGUGGGUCUGGUUCGGUAGAACCUUGAGGAGUGGCAGUUGAGAUAGUCUGCGAACCGGCGAGGGCAGCGCGAGCAAUGGCAUGGCUGAAUG